AUGCCGCACAGCCCAGAACCUUUGUCAUUCCAGAAUCCCCCUCCUCGAGCUGCAAGGUCAUCGGAGAUAACCGCAAAAACUCCGAUGCAGUUCGUACGAUAUGCCGCUGUAUGCAGCCUGGCGCUGUUGUGGACAGCUUCCGUUGAGGCCACAAAUGCCACAACGUACCCGACCAGGUCGGGCAUCGGGACGUGGGUCGACCCGGACACCCCCAAGGACAGAUACGUGUACACGAGCUCACGUGGUCGACGAUGGGAUCUCGUCAUGAGCGACGAGUUCAACGUCGCCAACCGCAGCUUCCGUGCGGGCGACGACCACAUUUGGACGUCUCUCGAGAAACCCGACGGUGUAAACGGUGCUCUUGAGCUUUACUCGCACAACAUGACCUCUACAAGGUGCGAUGACGACGGGACGUGCUACUUCUAUAUCAAGGCCAUCGACGAGAAGAACACGAUCCACGUCUACAACAUGUACACCCACCCACCCAGCUUCGAGGACGUCUACUUCUGGUACCGUGGCGCAAUGGUACAGUCGUGGAAUAAAUUCUGCUACCAGGGCGGUAUGCUCGAAGUGCGGGCGCAACUCCCUGGAGCUGUCAGCGCAAAGUCCGGAAACCCCGACCGAGAUCUUGGAGCGACUGGUAAGGUCGCCAACAACCAGUACUACCCGACAUGGCCCGGUAUUUGGAUGCUGGGCAACCUCGGACGUGCCAUUUUCUCGGCGUCGACCAACCGGAUGUGGCCGUUCUCGUACAACCGAUGCGACGCCGACGUCUUUGACCCAAGUUUUCAACGUAUCAGCGCAUGCGAUGACAAUCCCGGAUACGGUCUCAACCCGAAUCAAGGGCGCGGAGCUCCAGAGAUCGACGUGCUCGAAGGUGGUGGUCUCGCCAUCUCAUCUUCGCUUCAGAUCGCUCCAGGCAUGCCUGAAGACUACCGUCUUUUCCCUGUGAACACUUCAACGGGCGACUUCAGCUACUGUUUGUACAGCUACAACUGUGUGACGCCUGGCUCCAACUACAUCGACGUCCCGACCUCCUUCUACCAAAAGGAGCGAGGCCGCAAGUCGUGGUACCAAGGUCUUCGCUACGGAGCCAACAACUACUGCGCGCAGAACGCAAAGGAGAAACAGACGUAUGAGACCGUUGCGGCCUCCGUUAAGAAAGGAAUCACAGAAAACACGUGUACAGUCGACACGUGUCCUGCCUCGGGAGAUGUCAAUGCUGAUCUGAGCUUAAUUGACGGCAAGGGGAAGAACCACUGGGGCAUCAACUCGAACGGCACGUGCUAUCCGCUCAUCAACUCGUACAUGGGCUCGUACCUGUGUGACCCGGACAACACCUUCUCCAAGUGUGCCCAGCCUCGUAACGAGAGCACGACACCCAAGUCGAAUGCCAUGAAGCCUUUCAACUACCAGAUGGACGCUAUCUCGUCCAACUGGCCCAUUAGCUUCGGUGCGUACACCGGAUAUCUGGAUUACCAGGUCGAGUGGGUCACUGGCGAGAAUGGCUAUGUGCGGUGGCAACUCCAUGGCGAGCCGCUGUUUGAAGUCACGACCGAAUCGAUCGUGAGCGUGCCACAGAACCCGAGUAAGGAUAACCCACAGAAGAUCAUGAUCGAGGAGCCCUUGUACGUGAUUUUCAAUGUGGCGCUGUCGAGCUCGUGGGGUGCGAAGCCGCCGAACCCGGGCAUGGAGUGCCGUGGAGACGGCAAAGAUCCAGUGACCAACAAGAUCUGUGACGAGUUCCCCAUGUACAUGAAGAUCGACUACAUCCGUCUGUACCAGGACUUGGCUGGCGACCUCGAAGCCGACAACUACAUGCAGAUUGGGUGCGACCCUGCCAGUCACCCGACUAAGGAGUGGAUCGAAGGCCACAUUGACGAGUACGAAGACGACGAUAACAAGUGGGAGGAGGUCGCUGGAAAAGCCUUUUGCAAGACGAGUGACGACUGCACCAUCGGUGGCACUCUUUCCAGAACGGCGUUGAAGACGGGCAAGUGCGUAAAGAAGCGCUGCGAGUGUUUGUACCAUUCGUGGGGUGGUCCUCGCUGCACGACUGCUAUCUCGGGAUCGAGUUCUUCCGACAGCGGUAUGAUGAGCAAUACGUACGGUCCUCCUAUGGAGGCCUCCAUCGCUCUAGCUGUUGUGGCUUGUCUUCUCUCGGCGACCUCCGUGUACUUGGCAAUCAGAAAGUCUGCUAGACAGACCAAGGUUGCGAUGGCUGCGUUGGAUGCAGAACGGAAGGCUGCAGCCAACGCCGAGUCGGCUCCAGUGAGCGAAACGAGCAGCAACCGCAGCUCACACCUCGCGGCGGUAUCCAAAGACAACUACCGCCAGAACUUCGUGUAGAUAAUUGCUAUCCGUAACUUACAUGUAAAUCAAUGUUAUUCUGCAGUCGAAUA